ACGCGACACAGUGGGAGAGGAUCGUUGCUAUCUCUGAACGGGUAGUUCAUCAUCAAUGCUUUAUCCACGAUUGUUUCAGUUCCACGCGAAGCGCAAGUGUGUCAACGUGCAUCAUUCACGAUUUAUUCGUCGUUUCUCAAACGAAGGUUGAACGGAGGAUAAAAGGUGACUCCAGAGCUAGUAGCUCGCAAUCGGUUCGUGAUAGCGUUUGAAGUUCAGAGUGAAAGAAAAGUAUUAGAAUUUUGAACUGUAAAAAGAGAUACAGUGAAAUUUUGCAGUGAUUUAAUAUUGAAUCAGAAUUUGCAAAUGAAUUAUUCAUUGAUUUAUUCGUCUAAUUAUUCCCAUCAUAUGACGGUGUAAACCACCGGUGAUUGAUGUGAUUGUUCGUCGAAAUUCGUUGAAAACAAACUUGUCUUGUGAAAUGCGGUAACAAACAUCGGAGAUAAUGUCGUUGGACGUGAUCAGCAGCAGGUACUUGGGCACGUUGCCAGUCAAAGGAUUAUUAUGGAUCUGUUUGCUAACAUGGACAAUCUCGACGGGCCACGCGGUUGACGUCAAUUGUUGUCCAAAUGGUUCGAUGUGGUUGCCUUCUGCGAACUGCAGCGAUGGUACCCGGAUUCAGCUCCGGUGUCCUCGUGGCAGCUAUCUGAUAGAUCCGGAGGAAUUUGCUAACGACAAUUUUACCGUGGUCUACGAAUACGGCAAACCGUGGUUACAAUUUGUCGACUUGGAAUAUGGGAAAAUCCCGGCAAACAGGUUCUGCGUUGCGAACCGAAACAACACCAAGGUUGCUCUGGUGUGCUUCGAAGAAGAAAGUUAUAGCAACUCAUCGAUAUGGAAGCACACGUUGUUCUGCAUACUCAGCACCAUAUCGGCUGUGUUCCUGAUCGCCACCAUAGCCGUCUACGCGAUACUGCCAGAAUUGAGGGAGAUUCAAGACAAGGCUAUGAUGGCUGCCGUUUCGUCCUUGGCGGUCAGCUAUAUCGUUCUUUCCAUUCAGAAUUUGAGGGCGCAAGUGGAUGGAGAUUACGUGUUGUGUAUCUCGUUAGGAUUCAUUCUGUAUUUCGGCUUUAUAUCAGUCUUCUUCUGGCUAAACAUCGUGUCGUUCAACAUCUGGAGAACCGUGUGGUUUCGACAUUUCAUUAUGAGAGAUAAGCCACUUUUCAUUAUCUAUUGUUUGUAUGGAUUCGGUGGACCGACAUGCUUCCUGAUAGUAGCAUUGAUAAUGCAUCACAUCGAUGGACGACACUUGAAGCCAGGUUUCGGCGAAGAAACCUGUUGGUUCAGUGGGCCCAAACAGAUGUGGGUGUAUUUUUACGGGCCAAUUGCCAUUUUACUCGCACUGAAUGUUAUUUAUCUGGGAUUAACGAGCUGGCGAUUGUGGCAUCAGUACCGCGAAUGCAACGGCGGUAAAUUGAAAGCUCUUCGAUUCAAGUUUCUACUUUACGUCAAGCUGAUAUUCGUCAUGGGCAUCACUUGGAUCUUCGAGGUACUCUCGUAUGCGGAUGGCUCUAAGAACUUCUGGAUCCCGACCGACAUCCUGAACGCGUUGCAAGGUUUCAUAAUAUUCCUGCUAUUGGUCGCCACCCGAAAACGCGUCAGGAAAUUAUUGGCCAAAAAACGACCUUGUGGAAUUGGAUUUCCAAAAUCAUGGACAGCCUACAAAGACGAGGAAUGCGAGGACGUGGUGCUACCAGAGGAAGUCGAAUUAUCUCAGCAGGACUGUUAGUUUUUGCAUCAUUAUAACAAAUAUGCACAAUCAUCAUCGUUUAUUAUCCCUGUUAAAACAUUUGAUGACUAUCGAACCUCGAAUCAUCACCUACCGUCAUCGAUAAAUAUUGAUAACAAGUUCGACUGAAAUAGAAUUUUAUUCGAACUUGUUUUUCCUAACCUGCUAUUUUAUUAU